GUCGCAGAGUCCGGGAUCCCCGGCGAAGGUCCUGGGGGUGGGGGCGCAGGGUCGCGGGUUCGGGGCCCGCAGCUCGAGGACCCUCAAGAAGCCAGCUUCAGAGUGAUGUCCUGUCCCACCGCCCUUCCGGCGGGACGCGACCCAGUUUCACUUUGCAGACCGCUUGCUGCACGAACCCCGUCCCUGCCUUAGACUCCACGUGCAGUCAGGGCUGCUAAGCUGUUGCCCCACGAAAGGAAACAGGGCUUCGGAAUGGAGGAGAGUAGCCCUGGGAGAUUCUCCCUUGUGGCCGCCGGUGUUCAGCCCCGCCGGCUGUCUCGGAUCUAUGCCCUUCCCUGCAAGGCCGCAGGUGACUCACUGUCCUUCCGCUGCCUCCUGCCUCGCAGUGCGAGCGCCCUGCACGCUGCGAGGACACCGUCAGCCGAGCUCUGUUCGCUGUCACCCAGCAAGGGCAUGUGGCUGAGGUGCUGGGAAACUGGUGCCACCAGGGUUUGCUGAAGACACUGAGAGGAGCCCAGGACCUGCGAGCUCAGGUCCUGCCUGGCCCACUAUGGCAGCCACCGGAGCUGAGGCAAAGGACCCAGAGAAUCAUCCCAGACGCAAGGUCCCUGGGGCAGAGAAUGAGGAAGAUGGAGACUGGAAGAGGGGGCCUAACCGGAAGUGGGGACCUGACAGUGACCGCCUCGUCCAGCUUUCAAAUCCCAAUGUGGCCACCAUGAAGGAGGACAUUCUUUACCAUUUCAGCCUCAGCACCAGCACCCAUGACUUCCCCGCCAUGUUUGGGGACGUGAAGUUUGUGUGCGUGGGCGGGAGCCCCUCCCGGAUGCUGACCUUCAUCGAAUACGUGGCCACUGAGCUGGGCCUCGGCCGCCCUGGGGACGAGCACCCCAACAUAUGCUCGGGGACUGACCGCUACGCCAUGUACAAAGUGGGCCCCGUGCUGUCUGUGAGUCACGGCAUGGGGAUCCCUUCCAUCGCCAUCAUGCUGCACGAGCUCCUCAAGCUGCUGUACCAUGCUGGCUGCACCGACGUCACUGUCAUUCGCAUCGGCACCUCGGGUGGGAUAGGUCUGGAGCCCGGCUCCGUGGUCAUCACACGGCAGGCCGUGGACGCCUGCUUCAAGCCGGAGUUCGAGCAGCACGUGCUGGGGAAGCGUGUGGUCCGCGGCACAGACCUGGACGAGGGGCUGGCGCAGGAGCUGCUGCGCGGCUCCGCCGAGCUUGGGGAGUUCACCACGGUGCUGGGCAACACCUUGUGCACGCUAGACUUCUAUGAGGGCCAAGGCCGUCUGGACGGCGCCCUCUGCUCAUACACUGAGAAGGACAAGCAGGCCUACCUGCGGGCUGCCCACGCUGCAGGCGUCCGCAAUAUUGAGAUGGAGUCGUCGGUCUUCGCCGCCCUGUGCAGCGCAUGCGGCCUCCCAGCGGCCGUCGUGUGUGUCACCCUCCUGGACCGCCUGCUCGGGGACCAGAUCAGCAGUCCCCACGAGGUGCUGGCUGAGUACCAGCAGCGACCGCAGCGGCUGGUGGGCCACUUCCUCAAGAAGCGCCUGGGCCGCGCCUGAGCGAUGGGCUGCUGCCAUCUAGCCAGUGGACCUGCGGUCCAGGUCCCCCGUGUCACCUGGAGCGCACUGCAUCUGAGGACUUGGGGAGCGAGGGGAGGAGCCAUCAGGACCUCAAGGGACAUCAUCUUCUUAAGGCUUCCCUAGCAUGUCGACGACUUGACCAUGGUCUGGAGUUCUUUUUUCUUUUUCUAGAACAUUCUAUUGAAUAUUUGAACUCUUGUGAGGGAAAAAUUUAAGAUUUUAAAAAAUGCUAUGCAAUUCACGUGAAUACAUAAGGAAUUUGAUCACCAGAGCAGCAAACUUAUUUGCAAUACACCUUUUUUUUUUUGUACCAGGGAUAGAACUUGGGCCCUUGUGCUUGUGAGGCAGGUGGCAGAACCACUGAGCUAAAUCUCCAGUGUGGUAUGCUUUUAAAAUCCCUCUCCCGCUCCCCACCUUGGGGUCCUGUGACCCUGUGCCUGUGGACAGGACCUCUUCCUCAGCCCCUGGACUCGGGUCAGGCCAUCCUGCGGUCCUGUCAGGACUCUGGUGAAUGCAGGUUUCCAAGCUUGAGAUGGUUUGUGUCCCGGGCCCAAGGAGGCAGGUGCCGAGGCUCAGGUCUCCUGGUCGUUCCUCCUGUGAGUCUGAGGGGCAUGGGAAGGGUGCGUGUGUGGCUUAUGACCUCUUAUUUGCAGCCUGAGAUUCACCCCAGAUGAGGAGUCUCUCAGCACCCACCCUGGUGGAGCUGGCAGCUGGAGUCCCCUGCCCUGGACCAGCCUUUUCCUUCCCACCUUCUCAUCCCAGCCCAGCUUGGCUGAGGGUGCCCUGCUCAGUUUCCCUCCUUGGCACCUCCAUGGCUAUACCCUUGCCUGAGGCUCGGGACCCCAAGCUGCAUGUGUUCAGAAGGGGCUCCAUCCCCAAGGAGCCCUUUCCUGCUCCGUCUUCAAAUCCUCUGUGCCCGAGUCUGGCUGGAGAUCUGAGGAUGGCUGCAUGGUCCCGUGUGUGCUUAACAAUGGGGCAGGUGGGGCACAUAGAGCUUUCCUGGAAUGGUCUUCGCCCUUCAUCCCCUGCUGGUGUCACAGAUUCCUGGGCCUGCACACUGCAAAGAGGAUAAUGGCCAGGCUCAGUCUGUAUUGCCCUCUGUUGGCCAUGUCUGGUAGUGCAUAUCAUCCUCUGGUCCCAAGCAGAAAUCCUCAGCUCAGGUGCGUGGCUACCUGAGGACUGUACCAGGGCCUGGCAUCCCUGACACGCAGAGAAAGCAGCAGAACCACGCAUCUGGUCAAGUAUAAUGACUCUCCUGCUGCUGUCCCAGAUGAACCCAGACAUUUCAGUUGGUCCCUGCUGUUUGGAGCUGAUGGCACAGACUUUAGGCAAGUCAUUCAAAUUCCUCCAGAGGUCCCUGGGCCUUCAUGAGGGCUGAGCUCAUGUCCAGGUCUGUCCACUAGCUGGGCAGAAGCUCCCCACUGUCCUCCAUCCCACCCUGACCAUGAUGACCACUUCCUGCACCUUGGUGCUUUCCAUGGGCCACGACUGGGGGCGUAACUGGCUUGUUCUGGAAGCUCUGAUCGCCCCAGAUUCCCACAGCUGCGAUCCGGAUCUGGCUCCCCAUUAUCUGCCCAUGCCACCCUAGCACAGAGCUCAGAGAGCCUCACUGGAGUUCUGGCCCAACACCAUGCCAACUGGAGGGGGAGCAGGGGCCAGCAAGCCCGCAGCACCCCUGUUUAAACCAAGAGCUGUGGACGUAUUGCUGCCCCCACCACCCGCCAGGUCCCCUCAUUCCCUGCCUACCCUGCUACCUGUCCAACCCGAAAGGGAGAUCCUGGUAGUGGUUUGUUCUUACAAGUGACCACAGAGAUGACGAGACAUUUUAGAAGGUUGGCUAUGAGUCUCCUGUACUCUGUCACGAAUCCCAGUGCUAAUCCAUGUUUUAAACCCAGGUUUAGAGCUCACAGCCUGGCCAUUCCCCUCUGCUCCUGAGCCUGCUGGCCACACAGCCUGGCGACACUCCCGAGACUCAAGAUGUUCCUGGUGGGAGUGUCCUCGGCAGCAGAAGCCAGGACCCUGGCAGCCGUGUGCCAGAGAAGGGGUGCAUGUGACUCAGGGGAAGGUGCAUCAUGUGGACACGGGACGCCAGCAGCCUCCCCAACAGUGCAGAAGGAUCUUGCAAAUGGAAAAGCAAAUCACAGAAUGGUGUGUACAGCUCAGAAAGCCCGAACAAGAAUCUGUAGUGCAGGCAUGCAUACACUGAGAACAGACAGGAAGUUGGGAAACCCUAAACCAGGGCUGGAGGCUCAGUGGUGGGGCGGUGUUUGGGAGAGGCAGGGGGCCACAAGGGGGCCAGCAAUAUUCUUUCCUGUGUUAAAUUCUGUGCCUCUGGCUUCCUGUUUUCUUGACGCUUUGCUCCUGUUCCAGAGCACCUCAGCAGGUGUUAAUGAGAUAUCUAAUUACCCACUUCAGGGCUGAGGUUUGUGUGCUGCAUAAAGGAAUCGUCCCAGUGUGAGGAAGCACACAGGACCCAGCUCUGGCAGCUGUGGAGCAGGAGGCCUGCUGUGCAGGGGUGAGCUCCUUACAAACUAGAGCAAAGCCUUGUCUGGCGCUUCCAUGACUGAUCCUGCCCUCCCACCCCAGCUUUUGCAGGGCAGGGAGGCUAAGGACUGACCAGGGCCUGCUGUGAGGUCAUACAGGGGCUGCCAUGCGAAGUGGAGCAGUCUUUGUAUACAUGAGUGCACACAGGCAUCCACCUGUUGGCACACACGUGUAUGGGUGCACGCACAUGCACACACAUCUGUGAGACCUGCAAAUAUGUGUGUAGGCAUUCAGACACGUGUACACCCACAACAUGACUGCAAACACAUUCACACCCGCCAUGUGUGUAUAGGCACAAGCAUGGAAACACAGAUACACAGGCUCCUCUAACAGGAAAGACUAGCACUUGGCUCUUGACUUCAUGGGAAAGGAGGAUUUAAGCCUGGAUCCAAUGCUUUCCAAUGCUUCUGUGAUGCAGGGAGCAUCACAGGGCUGGGGACUGGCUCACCUUCCAGCUUCUGCAGUGUUUUGUUAACAGCUUCAAAAAAGUAAAACUGAUUGCCAUGCACAUAGCGUAUCUGCUUUCCUGUGGUUGGCACAAAAUACUCAACACUCACACUUUAAAGGAGGGCUUUAAUUCAGCUCAUGGUUCAGGGGAUUCAGUCCAUGGCUGGCUGGCUCAGAGGCAGAAACGUUGGAAGGGUGGGCGUGGUGAAGCAGAGCUACAUCCUCAAGGCAGCCAGG